CGCACACGGUGUCGUAUCUUCCUUCUUGGGAAACGUUAUCUGCCUGUCGUGUGUGGCCAACCGCAGUUUUUAUCAGCUUGUCGCUAGGCCGGGACGUGUUUUUUUUUCCUUCUCUCUUUCUUUUUGUCUUUUGUCACCGCCAAUUGUAACGACCGUCCUUCGCAGUGGCAAAGUCGAAUCGACAGUCGUCGAGUGCAAGCUUUUUACACGAUUCGCGAAUAUUUAGAAACGUAGAUCGACAUUGACGAUAUAUCCUGGAAGGGAUAUGGAACUUUCGACUUCCUGGGGAUGACUUGGACAACCCCUAUCUGGUUUCGACGACUGUCGAGGUACGGGGGAUUAAGAUAAAGAUAAGUGUUGUAACUGUCGCUCUAAAGUUGCUACGAUUAUCUUACUGUGUGUAUUGCCAGGGGAGAGUGUACAUAUAUUUUAAAUGUUAGUAGUAUUUUGUCAAGAGCAUAUUGCUACCUAUUUACUAGCUGAUAUCGAAAGGUUUACUGUACUACAGAGCGCGAAACAUACUUUUAUGUACACCGGAGGUUCUUUGCGCCACUUUUUCAAAGGGAGGCGCGGCCCCCUGGCGACCUCUACACCCUUUACACCUCUGUAAAAAGUGGAACUACUUUCGAAGGGUCGGUAACUUCGUUUUACCGGUACUCUGCCGUGUUUGAGACCUGCAUACGGGUCUUACUUUACCGACGGAAGACAUUUCGUCCUUUUGAAUGCUGUUCCACGUUUACCUUUCGACAAUGACGUGAAAGAUCACCCUGCUUAUCUAUAGGGGAACGUUUAUGUUCCUAACCCAUGAUUAACUCGGUCGUUUACUUUAACCCGCGGUUGGGUAAUCGGUGAUUUAACCUAGGUUGGUGGGCGGAAUAUAUAGGUUCGGAUUUUUGACGGCUGUCGGUCGAACGAUAUCUCGCAUUUCGAGAUUCGAUAUGUGAUUCGAGUUGAAAGGUAGUCACGUUUACGCGACCGAGGGAGACAUGCUCAGGUUAAUUCUGCCGACUUGACGCACGAUUAUUUACCGAAUUGACAACGAAAGUGCGAAGAACGGGUUCGAAGAAAUUAGGUGUAAUAUUAUAUAACGACAUAACCUCAGACGGGGAUUGGAGAAACAGUUACGAGGUUAUGUUUACGGGGGUUCUCGCUGUCUGAGAAUCCACCUUGCAGGUAAACGACCCCUUUUUUAUCAUUAUUUCCUGCUUAUUCUUUAUAUAUUCCUCGAGACAUUUGUUUUGGGAGAGUGCAAUGGAAUUGCUGGUUUUAUGUUACGCCGUGUAGCUUCGGCGCAGGGAAUUUCCCUGCGAUGGUGCCUUCGUCGGUGGUUGGACCGUGGCGUUAAGUAGUUCCUCAGGUAAAGGAAUUGCGAAUAUUUAUUCGGAUGAUUAACCUGCCAUUUGUCGUCGGCUCGAUCGAGCCCAGACGCUGCGUAAUAUGCUUGGAAUCGGUUCGCUAUCGGCAUUGGCUUCGCAAAGAUGUUUGAGCAAAUCGGUCAAUGAAUCGUGAGCAUAUAUGGGUAAUUAACGCAUCGUUCGCUUCCUAGCCGGAGCUGAAUAGUGGAUUCUAUUUGCAGACGUUUCUUCCAAAAAAAUAUGCCUAGGUCUAACGUGAAGUAUGAAGUCGCUAGUCAAGAUGCUGACUCGCCGGACUACUUUCUACAGCAAGUGCACGAUUUUCAAAGCACGGCGAAAACGCAGACUUCGUUUUGGAGAAAGAUUGGCCUGACGACCUUGUUGAUAGCAUUGUAUUUUGCUCUGUCGGUCGGGCUUACAUUUUAUCAGCAGUGGCUGUACAGUACUCGGGGAAUUCCUUUUCCUCUCAGUGUAGUGGCUUGCCACCUGAUUGUGAAGUUCUUUCUCGCUACGCUAGUCAGAUGUGUAAGAAGGUGUUACAAGGGCCACUCACAAGUCGGAUUGCCAUGGCAGAACGUAGUCUGCUCGUUGGCUCCUCCAGGAAUAGCAAGUGGCUUCGACGUUGGCUUUUCGAACUGGGCCAUAUCUCUGAUCACAAUGUCUCUGUACACCAUGACGAAGUCGACAACCAUCAUCUUCAUUCUGGGAUUUGCUCUCUUAUUUAACUUAGAAAAGAAGUCGUGGUCGUUGGUUGGAAUCGUGGUUAUGAUAUCCGGAGGAUUGAUAAUGUUCACCUACAAGUCGACCCAAUUUGAAGUCCUUGGAUUUGUACUUUGCCUUCUGGCGUCCUUUUCGAGUGGGCUACGGUGGACCAUGGCGCAAAUUAUCAUGCAAAAGUCUAAACUUGGCGUUAGGAACCCGAUCGAUAUGAUGUUCCAUAUGCAGCCGUGGAUGCUUCUCGCAAUCUUACCAGUUACGAUGUGGUUCGAAGGGCAGAAACUUUAUGAUAGCCUGUUGAGGGUGGAUUGGAACGAUACAUCCAGUAUCAUCUCUACGUGCACUGUUGUGUUGGGAGGUGCCAUUUUAGCAUUUCACAUGGAAAUUACGGAGUUCAUGGUCGUUACGUACACUUCUAGUCUGACUUUAUCUAUUUCCGGGAUAUUGAAGGAAAUAUGUAUAUUAAUCUUAGCCUUUGAAUGGCAAGGAGAUCGAAUGAGUGUCCUCAACUUCAUCGGCUUAUUGAUGUGCCUUGGCGGGAUCAUUCUGCACGUUACCCAGAAAUUAUUAAUUAACAAGAGACGCGCCACGGAGAGCCUCGAGCUGCAGUUUAACUCCUCGGUGACGAGCAACGGGACAAAACCUGAAGAAGGGGUCGAGACUAAUCUUCCCCUCCUUACACAGAAAUCCACAUCUUUGACGAAUUUACUUAACGCCAACUUCAGCUCCGACGAGGAAGAGGACGAGGGCAGGGAAGAGAACUCCCAGACGCUUUUUAAUGUCCUCCAGCACAGGGAACAAUGAGGGGAUUAAUUAUUCUCGAAACUCAUUCAGCACCGAAAGGCUCUCUUCGAUGUUAAAUUCCAACUCGUGGGGUGCAUCGAUACAUCAGGUCGCAAAUUCUCUCCGCCUAAUUUCCAGACAGUUUAGAGGCCACUCUAAAGAACCGUCCAUUAAUUGACAGUGGCCAAUUGUUUAAUAAUAAUUGUUGGAUUGGCCGUUCACGAUGCAACGUGAUUGAGUUUCGAGACAAGUUGUCUCCGUCACUCGGAGAGCCAUCUCAGAUGAUGAACCGUUCCUUAUAUAUUUUCAAUAUAGGAGUAUACAAUAUCUUAAGGCGAUGCGAAAGUGGCGAGGAGUUCUCCUUAAUGAAACU